UUUUACAGCACAAAACAACAAGGAUGAAGAUUUCAAGCGACGAUGCGGCAGCAGAGAUAGUCGAGGGGACGUUUAGGUAGCUGAGAGGCCAUCAGCUUUAUCUCUAUCUCCUGGCGUGCGCUACGAAAUUACCGCCAGGCAACUUGAAUAUCAGCUGAAGUGCAGAUGAAUGUUUGUGCCUGAAGUGUCCCUGGAUUUGUUGUUGUUAGCUGCUUAUGCUAACCAUAGAAGUUGCGAGCUAGCUGGCCUAGCAAGCUGAUGGUUAAAGCGGGGGUAAAGACCGUUAGCGCAUAUGUUUGAUUUAUUUAAAGCUGUCCUGCGAGUAAAGUCGGCGUUGUGUAGCUGAUGGAGCCAGCUAACAUCGGCUUCAGUAGUUCAAGAACUGCAGCUUUGGCUAAGCUUUUGAAGUACCAGCCGUAGUAGUUACCUAGCUUGCCACUUAGCCACCACUAUCAUUGGAAGAAUGAGUAGGAAACACCAACAUUUUAAAGGAGCAGAAGUCAGCUGCUGCGUGAAAUACUUCUUAUUUGGAUUCAACAUUUUAUUCUGGUUACUAGGAGCCGCAUUCUUGGGCAUAGGCCUGUGGGCAUGGGCGGAGAAGGGCGUGCUGUCCAACCUGUCAUCCAUCACAGACCUAGGGGGCUUCGACCCCGUGUGGCUCUUUAUCGUCGUAGGAGGGGUCAUGUUCGUCCUGGGCUUUGCUGGCUGCAUCGGAGCGCUCAGAGAGAACACCUUCCUGCUUAAAUUUUUCUCUGUGUUCCUGGGUUUGAUCUUCUUCUUGGAGCUUACUGCUGGGAUCCUCGCCUUCGUCUUUAAGGACUGGAUCAAAGACCAGCUCAACUUUUUCAUCAACAAUAAUGUCAAGGCCUACCGCGAUGACAUCGACUUGCAGAAUCUCAUUGACUUUGCCCAGGAAUAUUGGUCAUGCUGCGGAGCUCACGGGCCCGACGACUGGAACCUGAACAUCUACUUCAACUGCACUGACCUGAACCCCAGUAGGGAGCGCUGUGGAGUCCCCUUCUCCUGCUGUGUCAAAGACCCUGCAGAGGAUGUCAUCAACACGCAGUGUGGUUAUGAUGUUCGGCUUCAAGGGGAUUUGGACCGGCAGAAAUAUAUCUAUACCAAGGGCUGUGUGGGACAGUUUGAGAGGUGGCUUCAGGACAACUUGAUCAUUGUAGCUGGAAUCUUUGUUGGUAUUGCACUUUUACAGAUUUUUGGUAUCUGCCUUGCUCAAAACCUGGUGAGUGAUGUCAAAGCGGUCAAAGCCAACUGGUGACAGGAGGGGUGAAGUGAGGGAGCCCCGCCCCUCAGGCCCAGCCAGGUCAAAAACAGUCCCGUCCAGCUGAGGGCGGAGCGCUGAGAACGUUCAACUCUACUUUGCCACCGAGCUAAGCAGCACAUACACAAUCCCACACUCGCAUACGUGCUGACACUAAGAGUUUACUUCCCUGUUCAUCAGCGACACUUGAAGGGAUAGAAGAGUAUCCCACACAAACCAAACAGUCAACACUUGUUUACCACUCAGCUGGGAUUUUAACGCAAAUAUACAGAGGACGUUCCUGCCUACUUCAGAGUUACUCCUUUUGCUUUUUUGUUUUUUGGACAAGUGUAUUUAUGGGCGCUGUUGCACAAGGACUUCUGUCAGCUGGGAGAUUGGAAGCCAUGGAUGAAAGUAAGAGACAAAAGAAAAAAAAAACAACAAAGGAAAAGAGACAAUAAGUCCUUUUUUUUAGGUCAAACACGACAUUGUCACAGAGCCUCUUACCACUCAGUGAGGGGUUGAACAUCUCCUCCUACAAACAGCCUGUUUUUAACACGUCUGUCCCCACUUCAGGCUGCAGGGGAUUGUGGGUGGCUAACCAACAGACACACGGAUUCCCCUGCCUGUCAUUUUUCUUCAUAGUGACCUUUUUUUAUGACCACUGAAAAGACUCUGAACACUGGCUGGUCAAGUCUGCAACUUCAGAUCAUUUCAGGAGAUUUGAAUUCUGACUCGAAAUGUAAAAAGUGCCAUUAAUUUCCAUUUAUAUUUUUGACCUCCCUUUCCUUACUGUCCUUUGCUCUGAAUUUUCUGCACCCCACCCCACAAUACCUCAGGGCCUGGCCGAAAACAUAUGCUUUCUGCCACCGGUUAAAAGCAUAUCUUUUUUUUUUCCUCCAUCCAUGUCUGUUGAAUUUAGAUAGACGAACGCUGCCCUGUUUGCCCUGCAGUGAUUGUAUUAUCUGUUGAUUUACUGAAGGAUAUUGUAUUAUAUGUAACGGCCUGGUAUGGUUAUGAUUGUAGGUCCAUGCUAUACAGGGAAAAGGUUUUAAUGAUGGUUGAGAUUGUGUUUAUCUCUGAGCAUCCCUCAGGCACAUGGGAUUGCUGGUUUGGGGCCUUUUUACUUGACCUAUGUACCAUUUGUCUUACAUUUCGUCCUCUGCAUAGUGAAAUAAGAAUAUUUGCCUGCCAGAUGUCCUUUAUUCAUCCUUUACUUCCUGUCUUUUAUAGACACAGAUUUCUAGUCUGGAUUCAUUGUUUGACUUCACCAGGCACCUGUUUUACCUCUGACCCGUCAGUCAACUGCGAAAUAGCCUCUUAUCGUCGAUGUUGUUAGCAGUCCUAAUGGAGACCAAAUAAUAUCAGCUGCCCACUCGCUAAUUGCCAAGGUUUUGUCUGGCUGCAAUUCAGAUUUUGUUAGGAAUGUUAAGAAUAACAAAUAGCAUUUCUAGAUAGCCAAAAUGUGAAUUUAUUGUCCCUUUUUAUGUGGGAAGUGCCAGUUGAAAAGAGAAAUCAAACAAAAAUUAAAAAUGUAUGUUACAGUAUCGCUUUUAUCUUUAAUCAAUGUUGUGUCUUUUGUUUGGACUGGUUUUUAAAUAGAAUAGUAAAUACAUGCUGUUACCUUUGAUAUUAGCAACAGCCAUAAUAUAACAUGAAUGCUGCUUUGACUAGAUCAUUGAUAUGUAGUACAGUAACCAAGCUAACAAGUGUCACAUGAUGGCAUUUGAACAAUAUGUUCAACAUGUUGGUAUUGUUUCCAGGCUGAGGGAAUAUUCAGAUUUUUUGUUCUCUCUCAAGUUUACACUUUGUACUCAGCUCAUGUUGCCCUUUGUUGUUAAUUAUAAAGAAUAUUACAUUAUAAGUUGCCCUCGCAGCUAUUCAUCUUAUCCAUCAUCCUCACAGAAUGUACUUUCUGACAUGACUGGAGUCACUUGACAAUAGCGUUCGUUUCUGUCUGCAUGUAACCACCACGGUUGUUUCUGGUUGAGCACAGGCAGGAUUUGGGUGGGAUUUACCCGACCACACACACACACACACACACACACACACACGCACACUCACACACAGCCAAAAAAAGAAAACAUGUUUUGAAUUGCAGUGCACACAAGUUGAAAGAUGGGUAGCAUUAAUAUUCUGUGAACAGUGCUGCAAAACUUUUCCUGCCUCACAGAGUCUGCUGGGAGAAUAUAUUAAAAAAAUAUAUAUAUAGGAGCUCAUUCAGUAACUGCACCGUAUGAUCUCCUGCUGUGCGUACAUGUCACAUGUUGCUUUCACCCUCACGCUCCCUCUUCAAAUCACUGCCUGAUCUGACUGCACCUGUUUCAGAGCCUGUCAUUUUGAUGUAUUUUUAAACACUGGGCCUGUUUGAAAAAAAGCGAAGCGCAAGACAAAACAACAGCCAUUUGAUUUAGGCGUCAUGAAUAGAAUAGAUCCAGCGGAGCACAACACAUCUGCACCGGAGUGACGGCGUCUUAAUGACUUCUCUCAGCUGAAACGGAUGAGAUUGCAUCAAAGAGGUUCGUUCAUUUCAGAGCUUUAGGUGUAAUCAGCGAGUAGGAGCCUCGAGCAGUCUGAGAGAACAGACGCUUUUCCUUGAUCACGUAUAGAAACAUUUACAGGAUAAAACACACUUCUUGCAAAUUGUCCCCCAAAGUUGCCAUGAUGCUGCAUGAUUUCAUCUUUAUUUUUAUCAUCCUGUUAUUCUAAAUGUGUGUGGGCCUCUUUGAUUUCACCAACUGUUGUAAAUCAAUCGGUCCCACUCAAGCCUAGAAGAUCAGGAUGAAACCAGUGAGGUUGGUUUUUCCCCCCUCCUCCACACCUUUCUCGUUUAAUCUUUGGAAAAGUGGGUUGAAACAGAUAAUGUGUGCUUAAUUAGUUCAACAAAUCUUUGAAGUGGUUUCAUUUUUUCCUCAAAUCACCCCUAAUUGAAAGUGUUUGCUCAAGGUCUUAAACACCCCUUCCCCCCUCAUAGAGAGAAACAACAUCUGCUUAUGCAUGAAGAAGAAGGAGAUUCUGCGUUUCAUGUGAUAUGAAAUGGAGGGAAGCUGCCUUUUGAAUGAUGCUGAGGAUCUGGCUGAAGGCAGAUGGAGGCCAUGGGUGUCAGCUCUGUGCUGCAGAGCUGCAGCUCUUACACAAAAACACACUCCCUCUCUCUCUCUCUGUCUCUCUCUCUCUCUCUCUCUCUCUCUCUCUCUCUUUGCAGCCACCGCCAUGUCUGGAUGGAUAUGCCAAUAAUCAGACAGUCACCUUGGUAAUAUGGACAAUAAUGCCAUAAUAAUGGGCAGUGUGGCAGGACUUUAAUAUGCAGUCUCUACAAAGGUGACCUACCGGACUAUGUUUUAACAGCUUUGGGUAAUUCUGGUUUUGUAUUCCUUUAAUGUAAGGGAAAGGGGCAGGGAGAAAACCAUGCUAAUUAUGCUUUGUCCUUUAUCAUAAUGGCCUUUCAUCUUGAAACACCCUCUUAAUUUCUCUGCUUUCCCUGUGGGAAGUUAAAUCAUUCCAGAGGAGGAGCCUUAUGCAUACCAUGAAUGUAUAAGUCUGUGUCAGCAUGGGCCGACGGCUCCGCGCUCCGUUAGUCCUUGCUACCCUUACGCAGGACAAGACAAGUGAAGUUCAGAAAUGUGAAAUUAUCUAUGGUGAUGUUUGUUUGUUUUUAUUUUAUUCUGGUUUUUACACUUGUUUUAGUGAACAUGAGCAUUCCAUUUCUUUCUGUUUCCGGGCGUGUGCGUGCGGACCAACAUGGAAAUCUUAUAUGCAACCAUGAAUCAGCAGAAACAACCAGUUAAACAAUGUCAUUAAUCAUUACAAUCAUCACUUCUAUCCAGGUUUUGAUAGUCUUUCUUUUGCUACAUAUGCAUAUAUGAAUGCUUUACUGAACCUUUUUCCUUUAUGUAUAUAAUGCAAAGUGACCGUAAUCACGGUUGAUGAUUCAUCCUGUGAUCCUUUUCCUGCCUUGAAGUCUACUAAUGUCUUGGCCAUUAUUCUUGAUAUUUCCUGCAAAGGUGAGCAGCACAUCAGACAUCCACAAGUCUUACCUCAUUGUGUGCAGACGCUGGUCACAUCAGAGCGCCGGGAAGCAGCAUAAUUAAUUUGUUUGUGAGCACAGUAACAGAUCUUUACAGAUUUGCUCGCAGUUGAAGAAUGUGGAUAAGGUUGUUAAUGAUCGUUCAGCCACACAAACCACUAUAAAUAUCCCUUUGUUCAGCUGGGCAGCAAAAACUUUUUUUUUUUUUCAGUUUUACUAAACGGUUUGUCAGUUUUUCUUCUGUGUGGAUUGCAGCAGAAAACAACAAACCGUUAUCUAUCCGUUCUCUCAGUGUCGACCUGUCUACACGGAUGAGUAGCCUUGUAAAGAAAUGUAUAUGAAAACUGUGGGACAUGGUCUGUUACACUGUAUAUUGUGUUGAAAUAUGCCUCUUUCAUAUAUUAAAGGAUUUAUGAUAACA